AUGGCGCCAUCGAUCUUCCAACUGUUCAAUCUCUUUGGCAGACCGUCUCUGUCGGAUGUGGCUUGUCGCCGGACCACCAACGAAGAGCUGAUAAUAUGGUACCUAGGGAUCCACACAUGGCUCCUUGGGACUCUUCUUGCCGUGAGUCUGCUCGCACUGGUUAGUCGGUCGUUUAGGACAAGUUCGCCUGUCCAGCGGCAACCAGAUGAAACCCUGGACUCUUCAGCUUCAAAUACACAACACCCUGUCAAUGGACCAGACGUACAACCACAAGGAUCUCAACCAUGUCUGGAUCCGCCGAGGCCUCGUUCUGAGAUGCAGACACAGGAAAGUCAUGGUGGCUCCGCUCGCGAAGGAUCUGUGCAAGCCAACAUGUCUGAGCAUUCCUUCCAUUCGAAUCGUAUUAGACAAGGCGUCAUAACACCAAAACCUUAUCCGGUCGUGCGCUGUGGAAGUCGCCAGAGGAACAGGGACAGCGCCCAGGCUUGCUCCAGAGAAAGUCGAACUUUUGUACCUAUGUAUGAGCUUGGCGAUACACGAUUGAGAAGACGCCGCCAGUGGGACGACGUCCUGCGAGGCAUUCGAGGCGGAGCAGGAGACGAAGCCGAGAUCAACUCGCAGAAUGAGCACGCACCGACAACCAACGAACCCGACUGUCGGGAUGAUCAAGACUCUGAGCGAUAUCUCGAAAGCAUGAGUGAGUACCUCGAACUCGAAGACCUUCUCGAGGCAACAAUCAACGAUCUCGACGAGCUUGAGAGCCACCACGACGGUACUUUGCUCAGAGAAGCACUGGUACGCAACGAGCGUAGACGUCUUCGUCGGGAUUAUCGUGAGUUGAGGGAGCGCUUGGACCACCACAUGAGGCUCCUAGGACUUGAACCGGAGGACCUAGACACUGAAGAAGGUGAUGCUUUGGGACGGAGUGGAUUACGGGUGGUCGGGCAUGGGGUAUUUGCAAAUGGCCCUUCGCAACGGAGGCGUCGACAAGACAUCCGCAGAGCGGGACUUGGGGGUGCGAGUAGUCCGGUAAGGGAUGUGGAGUGA